GAUGAAGAGAUUGGUAAAAGAUUAAUGUUUAAUCAGCUGAUUGAUGUGUUGUCUUUUUUGAAUGUUUAUCUAAUUGCAUUUCCAUUGUCAUGAUUAAUUGUGAUUAAUCAACUAUUCUUUUACUUUUGAUUAACUAUUAGAGUCUUUUCUUGCAAGAUGACAAGUAAAGUUACACAGAGGAAAAAGGACAAGCCAAAAUGGCCGCCGUCUUCUGGUGACGAAUCAAAGAGAAGUGAUAAAACGAAUGGCAACUUGAUUUAUAAAUUGUUUCUCUUUUUCCUAGUGGCAACUUUUUCUCUCGGGGCAAUUUAUUAUUUCACUAGAUCUUCUAGUUCGUUGAAUAGUCGAUUAGAUGGACUUAAUUUUGAUAAAAGAUGGGGAACCUUUCGAAGUGGUGUUUAUUUCGGAUUAAAGCGUAAUGACCCUUCAUCUAUGGUCUCAGGGUUAAUGUGGUUUAAAAAUGUCCUCAAUGACGAUAAUUCAGUUCCAAUCAGACAUUUAUGUGAGAAAUUUGAUCCAGUUCAAUAUAUUUGGAAUAAACAUGAUUUCGAUUCAUUUGGAAUUCAACAAGUUACCGAAGGUGAUCUUUCCAUUAAACAACAAGUACUUUUCCGAGAAGAUGGUUGGAUAACCCGAAUAACAGUAAAUUCAACUGAUUCGUUGGAGAAAUUUACUACACCAGUUUCGUUGAUUCUUUAUCUUGCCACCGAAAAUGAAGAUGAUUCUAUUUCGGUGUCCACACCAAAGUCAGAAUUUCUUAGAGGUUCUAAAAUUGGACUUGAAGGUAGCCUUUCGUCGGGAUCGCGACAAUUUUUAUCUCGAGUCGAUUUUUCCGAUCCAAGUGCAAUAAUUUACAUAACCGAUUUCAAGAUGAACAUGAAUCCUCCUUUAAUGUUUUUCAAUGAACGAAUUAUGCAAAAUCUUGGAAUCAUGAGAACCCCUGGAAAUGGUAAACCUUUGUUCGUACUUAAUGAACAAUCUGAUGAUACAAAAGGAAAACCAAAUUUCGUAGCGAUCCAAUUAAUCAUCAAUAAACCGAUUGAAUUGUUUUUCUAUUUAAGAGAAUCAAUUGAUCCAUACAUUGACUCUUGGAAGAAUCGAUUCGAUGCCGAUCUGAUGGAGAAAAUUUUCCAAUUCGAUACCAAUUUUGAUAAUGUAUUCGCACUUUCAGAAAGAAAUUACAAUCUCGAUCAAAUUAACUUCGCACAAUCAGUGUUGAGUAACAUGUUAGGAUCAAUUGGUUACUUUUAUGGUCACUCAUGGAUUAAAAAUGGAUCUACAACUAAGCCUGAACGCUAUGGUCCCUUGGAAUUGACCUCAGCGGUUCCAUCGCGAUCUUAUUUUCCCAGAGGUUUCCUAUGGGAUGAAGGGUUUCAUCAGCUACUAAUCGCUAAAAUUAAGCCACAAUUGAGUCAAGAGAUAAUCAAAAACUGGCUUUACCUAAUGGACGGAAACGGUUGGAUACCAAGAGAGGUGAUUCUCGGUUUUGAGGCCACUUCCCGAGUUCCUAAGGAAUUUAUCGUCCAAGACAUUUCGAAUGCCAAUCCACCUAGUCUAUUAUUACCCAUUGAAUUCCUAUUUGAUUCUAAUCAAUUAGAUAUUAAUUAUUUAAAGUCAAUUUUUCCUCUUCUUGAAAAAUGGUACAAUUGGUUCAAUACAACUCAAGUUGGAUCCAAAACUGGUACAUAUCGUUGGAGAGGUCGUGACCCAAAAUCCAUUGAUAAGUUAAAUCCGUUAACUUUAACCUCUGGACUUGAUGAUUAUCCAAGAGCUUCACAUCCAAGUGAUUCAGAGAUUCAUCUUGACCUUCGUUGUUGGAUGACCCUUGCCGCUCGAAUAUUAUUCAAGAUUGGUAAACACAUUGAAUCUCCUUCAGCGAUUAAAUAUCAAGAGACAUUUAAUUAUCUUCGAGAUAAUAAACUUCUUGAUUUAACCCAUUGGUCAGAAGAGAAUCAAAUGUAUUGUGAUUUCGGUGUCCACUCAAAUUCAAUUGAACUGAUUCGUUCCGAGGAAAAGGUCAAGCGAGUGGUCAAAGAAAAACCCUCUUACCAAUGUGUCUCUGAACUUGGUUACAUCAGUUUAUUUCCAAUGUUAUUAAAUCUUCUUGAUCCCGACAAUCCUCGACUUAAUUCAAUUCUUGAUACAAUUGAAAAUCCUGAUCAUCUAUGGACACCUUAUGGUUUAAGGUCAAUUUCCCGACAAAGUCGUUACUAUCUAAGGUGGAAUACAUUUACAGAUCCACCUUAUUGGCGAGGACCAAUUUGGAUUAAUAUUAAUUUUCUAGUGUUAAAAUCACUUAAAAAUUAUUCCCAAUUAGAUGGACCAUAUAGAGAAAGAGCCAAAUUGUUACAUGAUAAAUUACGAGAUAAUUUAGUUAACAAUGUUUUCAAUCAAUUUCAAUCAACUUCUUUCAUCUGGGAAAAUUAUAAUGAUACCACUGGGCAAGGUUCUGGUGUCCAUCCUUUCACUGGAUGGUCAGCAUUGGUUUUACUAAUUAUGUCCGAUAAAUAUUAAUUUAUAUUCUAAUUUUAAUAGGAAUAAAAAUUUUAUUCUAUUAUAAA